GAUGGAUUGUGUUUGUCGACAGCCCCUGUGCGCUGCUUGAUUGGCUUUGAGAAACUGCCACUCUAGCUGUAGUCCCUACAGGCAGCAGGCUUGUCUGCGUGGUGCAAGUGAUGAAGAUGGAGGACUUGAUGGUGUUUAAUAAUUAACUUAAUUUAUGGGGUAGUUUAUACCACCCAGAACGGGACAAAGAGUGAGAUAAAAGAGCAUGGUGGUAAAUACAAGAAAACAGCCAAUGCUGGAAGAUGUUGGAUAUGGACCAAGGGGUAGUGGAGGAGUGGUUGUCAGAAUUCAAGACUCUUCCUGAGACGGCCAUUCCGAGCUACGCUGCAGGUUUAAAAGACAAGGCUUCUUUGGUUUCAGCUCUGUACCGUGUUAUCCAGGAACCCCAGAGUGAGCUCCUGGAGCCUGUGUGUCACCAGCUGUUUGAGUUCUACCGCAGUGGAGAAGCCAGUCUGCAGCGCUUCACUCUCCAGUUCCUUCCAGAGUUCAUCUGGAGCUACCUUUCCAUUUGCACCAGCAGAGAGCUGCACAGCACUGGCUGCAGGGAAGCCCUUCUCCUGGGCAUUUACAAUCUAGAAAUAGUAGACAAAGAUGGACAGAGCAAAGUGUUGUCAUUCACUGUCCCUUCCCUGUCGAAGCCUUCUGUGUAUCAUGAGCCUUCUACGAUUGGUUCUUUGACUCUCACAGAAGGAGCUUUAGCCAAACAUGGCCUAAGCAGAGUUGUAUACAGUGGGCCUCAUCCACAGAGAGAGAUCUUUACAGCACAGAACAGGUUUGAAGUGUUGACCUUCCUCCUCCUGCGCUACAAUGCUGCUUUAAGCUAUAUGACAAGUGCUUCCUUACAGUCCAUCUGUCAUCUGAGCACCGGGAUAAGCAUUUGUGGGUAUCCUAGACAGCUCCUGAGGAAGUACAAAGGCGUCAGCAACAGAAUGCCAGUUUCUUCAGAGUUUCUUGUCCAGUUGAUAACCAGCCUUUAUUAUGCUCUCUAUAAUGGUGAAUGGGAUAUGGCCAGUAAAGCAUUGGAUGAUGUUUUAUACAGAGCUCAGCUGGAGCUUUAUCCUGAACCGUUGUUGGUGGGAAAUGCAAUCAAGUCUUCCUUGCCUGGAGGUGCAUUGAAAUCAAAUAAGGAGGGCACUCGGUGUAUUCAGGUAGAAAUUACUCCAACAUCUUCGAGAAUAUCAAGAAAUGCAGUGACCAGCUUGUCAAUCAGAGGCCAUCGGUGGAAAAGAAAUGAUGCUGUGGAUUUAACAUCCCCAGAGGAACUGAUGGAAAUCUCCGAAAUGGAUGAAGGGUUUUGUUCCAGAGCAGCUUCAAACGCCACUCCUCCUGUGAUCAUUAUCAGCAGCAGCAGUGGGAAGACACCUGGGAAGAGCCAGCGAAAGUCUGGAAGCAGCAGGGCUGGGAAGGAGAGGGAGGCUAGCGUGGAGAGCUGCCGGGACCACUUGUCUCGCAAGCAGGCCCAGAGAGCCAUGAGCGAGAACCUGGAGCUGCUGUCCUUGAAGAGGCUGACCUUGACGACUAGCCACUCCCUCCCCAAGCCAGGCAGCCUCAGUCUGGCCCGGACUGCCACCGCUGUCUUUAGUAGAUCCUUCGAGCAGGUCAGCAACGUCUUUGGGGCCAACAAUCCUGUCAGCACAGGCAACACUGCCUCCACCGAGGCCAACCGCUAUUCGGCCUGCAGCCUUCAAGAGGAGAAGCUGGCCUAUGUCUCAGAAAGAACCGAGCUCUUGGGCCCAAGCUCCAGGCACAAGCAGCGCUCCCCCAGCAUCGGCAUCCAGCUUUCCACAGACCUGUGAACGUUUCUGUUGGUGGUCACAGAGGGUUAUGGUCUUUUUAGUAUGGUGUUAAAAUCAUGUUACCGCUGCUGUGGCGUCUGGUUCAGUUUUAAGUGAAGAAAAAGUUCAAUUGCAGGCUUGUUUGUACUGCUGGAUUGAAAUGACUGAGCAAUAAUGAUAAAAGUAUGAGGGUGUUCAUGCAUUCAGUUGGACUAAUAUUCAGUGGCUUCUUUGGAAGUAUUACCCUUUUAAAAUAAGUUCUGUGAAUAUUAAGAGGAACACAAUGAAUGGACCCCACUCCAACCCCAGCCUCAGCACUGAAUAUUACAGUCUGCUUUGAUGGUUAAAGAUUUAAAUUUGAAGUGUUUUUACUGUAUUGUUUAUAAAAAAAAAAAUUUAAAAAGUUAGACCACUAUAGAGAUUAAGCUGCUGUAAAUGGAAUAAGAACAUAAUUUGUAAAGGGAUAUAUUUUUAACAAUUUAUGAUUGACUAAAAAUACAAACUUACCUGUACAGGUAUGUGAAUUUUUAAAAAUAAAAACCAUGUUUUUAAAAAGCACAAGAUCUUGUGCUUUUACAUGGGUAAAAAUCUGCCACACAGACAAAAAAAACCACAGUACAUCUCUGGAUGUUUUUUAUGGUGAUUAACAUGUGUGGUGUGCAGUAGAUUUUGUCUGGUCCUCUAUUUGUUCAUUUCCCUUGUUCUUUCUUUUGCACAAGAAAAAGAUAACCUGAAGAUCACUAUUUUACCAAGAACCUGUUUAUGUUUAUAUCUGAAAUUGUCAUUCUUUUUAUAAGCAAUACAAUGUGUUAUUGUCACUUUUGUGUCUAUUCUUUUUUAUUCUGUUUUGUUUGUUUGAUAUUUAUUUAUAUUCAGGGCUUUAAAACUGGUUCACGUGUGCAUGUUUUAUAUUGUGAAUGUAUGUUGUUUCCAAUGCAGCAAGGGGAAUUUACAUCAGAACAGUAUCGAUUGCCAUGGCAUUUCAUUGAUUUAUUUUUUUUUUGUGUAAAUUGCACCGGCAUGACUUGGGCUAGAUCUGCGUGUUGGCCAAAAGUCCUGUCCUACUGUUCCGUUCUUAAUGAUUUUACACAGCACAGUUUUUUUUCUUUUCUUUUUAAAUAUAGCACACCAGUAAAAUCCUAUCCAAGUUAGUCUCUUUUUUUCUUCCUGCUGUUUCUCAACAUGUUUUUACCUUUUUGUAAUGAUUUCUAACCAAAAUAAAAAUCUGUGGUACCUUU